AUGAUAAAUGUCGAAGUGGAGACAUCAAAGGAAUUUUUGAUGGUGAUGGUAAAAUCUGGAUGUAGAGGUAUUGAGGGAAGCUUCGAUGGUGAUGGUAAGUGUCAAUGUGGAGACAUCAAAGGAAGCUUCGACGAUGAUGGUAAAUUUGGAUAUGAAGGUAUUGAGAGAAGCUUCAAUGGUGAUGGUAAAUUUGGAUGGGGAGAUAUUGAGUGA